GUGCAUUUGGAGAUACUAAAUUUCAAAAAAAAUCUGCAUACUAAAUUUUUUAAAUAUAUUUUCAUUUAUACUCGCCAUUGAUACAAAAUUUUAUAGAUCAACAAUGAAUUGAAAACUGCGUUUUUUGAACAGAAAAUCAGCAUUUGAAGUAAUUAUUUAUUCUUCUUUAACCAACUCCGACUAAUUUAAAUACGCAAAACUUUAUAGUUGGUUAUAUAAAGAUCACGAAUAAAACAAUAGAAUAUAAUGAUUAAUAAAAAACAAAACUAACUGAAAUGGAAUCGAAGCAAAUCUUCAGUUGGGUUUUGAGAGCUGUGGCCAUCAUCAUAUGUGUGGGUGCAGUGUUAUUGUGUGUAGUGUCAGCACUUUUGUCCAUUCUCAAACUGGUCCAGACUUACAACACUCCGGCUAGCCGAUAUGUCCAGAAGACUCUAACUGGCUACCACAUUGCACCGGGCAUAGUGUUUGCUGGUAAAGACCUAUCGCUACACAAGUGUGAGAAGUUUAACUUCACUUCUCUGGACAUAGACGCGCUUGGCAAAGUGUCCAUGUGUAAUCCUAUCCAGUUCACCAUCCACUCAACCAGUGCUCCCGGAGACCAGGCACUGAUGGCUAACAUGCCAGCCAUGCUCCAGGAGCUGGAUGGUGAUCUGACUUUUCUGCUGCUGAAGGGUCCGAAAGAUUGGUCAAACAAGGAGACGAUGAGCUUCCAUCUCUCCAUUCCCACCAGCAUCUCUGGAGUAUGGGCCGUCAUCCACCCGGACUAUGAAGAAAUCAAAGAUCGGUUCACAGUGGCGAGCAACAGUGCGUCUUCGGUGGAACAGAGGUGGGAGGUGGCCAGAGAUUUGUUGAGUGAGUUCUCUGCCAACUUCGUCACCCCCAACUACCAGGCCUUCUACCUCAUGUCCAAACGCAUCUUCAAGAAGUUCGGGGUGGUCGAGGCGGUCAGAGUCGACAUGGAGAUAGCGAUUCUGGAUCAGAAUGAGACUGCGUUGGACUUGGGACUUCCGGAUGGGCGAGAGGGGGACCAGUAUGAGCAUCUGGAACUGUACUACCAGUGGAAGGACGGAAACUACAUGGAAGGCGACAAGUUCGUGGCCGCCAAUAUUUGGACCAUAGUGACCAUACUUAUCUCGUCCAUGCUCAUGUUCGAGAGGGCAUACAACACUCUGAUGAAGGCUUGGGGCAUGUCUAAGCCAGCCAAGAAGGCCGAGGACAAAAAUAAAGACAAAGAGAAAGAAGAAGACAAGGAAGGCAACGAUGAAGAGUUUGGUGCCCCUCCGGAUAGAGCCAGAUCAGAUUCCUCCCUGGACUCGAAAGAGGGAAGCAGAAAGGGAAUACUCUCCUCCUCCGCCUCCUCUGCCCACUCCGGCAGGGGGCGUGAACACUCAGUCGUGUUCAAGGACGACGAAGAAGUAGGGGGAACGGAUAACUUCGCCUAUGAUGAUGUUGAACUAGCGUAGAUUAACCUCCACUGAACUCUGAAGAUUUUAUUUCAUGUCAAAAAAACUAGUGUUGCGCCAAAAGCUCAAAUUAUAAGAACAGUUCAUGAAUUUUCUUCAAAAUUUUUUUUGACAAACACGUAAAUUUGUCAACAUAACCGGCCCGAGGUUAAAGAAUGCAUGCCUUUUUAUAUAAAUUAACAAACCAACAAACAAGAUUAAGUCAAUUCAGGCUGGCUUCUGAAAAUUGUGAA